CUCGCUUUAGUCUUCAUGGAGUCCUUCCAGUAUGAUGAUGCUCUUCCACAAUAUGUUGGGAAGUUGAAAGACAUUAUUUUUAAUUGGCCGCUACUGUUCACUCUCACUAAGGACGGGAUUGUAUUGGUCUACAGUGUCUCUAUUGCUAUGAUCAUUGCUGCCAUUCAUCCACUGGAAUACUGUAGAAUGUUUAGCUAUAACACUCCAGAUGGUCCCUCUCUCCUACAAACCCUGUCCCGGUCUUCAUUUCAUAAGAUCUCAGUCUCUCCUGAUUUAAUGAAACUCUGUGUCUCCACUAAAACCCACCACAUCAUUGCCGUUGAUUUAGGGAUUUAUUUUGCCAUGUUCUCCUCACAUUAUUCUAAAAAUUUCCAUAAAAAGUUGACCAAGAGGGCCCCGCCCAGCCAGCGGCUCCAGAACCCGCCCAUCAGCCAAGAGGAGGAGCUAGAGAGAGGGAGGUACGGUGGACUGACAAGACGAGAAAAGGAGCAAAAUACGUCAGACCUUUUGUCAGCCGUUUUGUUGCUAAGCGAUGCAAUAGACUAA